CGAGCAGAUCAUUUUGUUACACGUCGUAUCAGUGUGGAUGUAUCGAUACACUUCGUGAACGCUCGGAAGGAUUUUUUCCUGAUCUUACACCCUUGUAUAUUUUGCAGAUAUUAAGCAGUUGCCAUGCGGAUCAGAAGCUGUUUAGAUUCCGUGUGAAGCAGAAUUCCGUCCAGGAGAGGGAUCUGCUGUGCUCAUUGGAGAACCAAACCAGCGAACAAAACCAUAGGAGCUGAAGAUGGGCCCAGUGGAAACAACUCAAGACCCUGGGCUGUGUCCUUGCUGCACACAAUCCAGAACAAAACUCAGCCAAAACCCUUAUCAUGAGAGAAACUCUGUGAUGCUGACCUUGUCACUGAUUUCGAGUUCACUAGACCAAGCCCCAUGGCAACUUAGGAGUAUCAAAGUUGCUCUGAACAUUCAUUCUCAGCUGUUUCUACCUUUCACACUACUGAUGAUGUUACUGUUACAAACAGGCCUUGCUGAUGCCACCUGUUCAACAGGAGAACCCUUUGUGGGAUAUUUUCCUUCAGUUUCUGAAAAACAGCUCAAGCUACAGCAUGGAACGCUGGCCUCGGAUUGUGCUGAAACCUGCUGCCUGGAAGAAGUUUGUGAUUUGGCCUGGAUCAUGGACGAGGACUGUUUCCACGGCCAGUGUUAUACAGAGAGCGACUGCAUACCGCUAGCAAGCAUGAGUGCAUCUAGUAUCGUGUACGUCAUGGAGAGGCCAACCCAACCUCGCACUCCAGUUUCAGGUGUUGUUUGUAGCCCCCAUGACAAGUGGGACACCUGUCCCAUUGGGGAACACUGCGACAAGCGUCUUGGUGAGUGUCAGUGUAACGAUGGAAGGACACGAAGCUACAAGACGAAUCGUUGCGAGUACGAACAAAGAGUAGAACCCUGGAACUCCCUGACUGGUAGUGAUAGUCUCAAAAAACCUGAGUACGCCAAAACCUACGAUUCCCAUAAUCCGUAUGCGGAUAAAUCGGAAGGCUUUCUCGACGAUGUGUCCAAAAGCGGAACCAGUGAGGAAGAUGACAAGUUCCGCUUUUGUAAAUCAGAGGAGGAAUGUGAAGAGUACGAGUACUGCUUUGGUUUGCAACACUUCGGUGCCGGGAUAUGCAAGUGCUUAGACGGGUUCCACGAGUCCAAAGAGCUGGGCAUGUGUAUCAGAGAGACCCCAGAAGGGGAGGUUAGGGAGUCACCAAAACCAGUCACUAUGCCCAGUAAACCAUCAUCCAUUGCUGACUCCGAAAAUCCCCUCACCACACCCCCAGCCACUCCCCCUGUGACACUUCCUGAAACACCCCUAGCAACACCCCCUGAGGAUGGGGAUACCCCCAAAGAAACACAUGUCCCUACUUUGGUACUCCUGCCUACCCCUCAGGUGAGGAAUGACACAGAUAAGCAGGGGGGGAGUGAUGGGGGUGGAGCUAAUGGAGCUGGUGUGGGGGGGUCGGAGCUUGGUGAUAGGGAGGAAAGGCCACACAAGAAGAGUGAAGGAAAAGGGUUAACGCACCAAGGAGACACAGCCGAGACCCAAAAUGGCACGGAGUCUAACCCUUCAGACGGAGACAACAUUGCUCCCACCCCUCUCUCAGACACCCCAACAGAACGGGCCGGUACACAGAGCAAUACAGGACUGGACCAACUGACAGACAGAACCUUGCUGCCAGAGAGCAAGACACAGUCUCCAUCAACGCACACACCGACUGUUGUCAAGUUGACGGUGUCAGCAGGUAAGGACAAAACCCUCCAGCUCCCAGACCAAGACACUGUCACCCUGCACGCCUACGUUAUCCCUACUGAACCCCCCCAGGGCCAGGAGUACACCUAUGACUGGCAGGUAGUGGAUGAGCCUGACUCCGGGGCUGGCAAGAUGAUCAAAGAAGGCAAGAACCUGAAAUUGGAAGAGCUGUCAGCUGGUGUUUACCAGUUCAAAGUUGAGGUGCACGGAAAGGGCUCUUAUGGCUCGGCGACAAUCAAUGUCACAGUUCUUGCACCUCCCCGUGUCAACCAGCCACCAAAAGCCAUCAUCAAUCCGGUCAGCCAAGAAAUCAUUCUUCCCAACCCAGGAACCUACUUGGACGGCUCACAUAGCACAGAUGAUGACAAAAUUGUGACUUACCACUGGCAAGAGAUUGAGGGUCCAGUCAAAGAAACUAAGAUUAUAGGAGACGACCAGUUAUUGCAACUUACGGAUCUAGUACCUGGCCACUAUGUCAUCAGAUUAACUGUAACAGAUUCAGAUGGAGUGACUGACUCAGCAUUAGCCAAUGUCACAGUUAAAGAAGAAAUUGACAACCCCCCAAUUGCCAAAGCAGGCAAAGAUGUCAUCAUCAAACUUCCUGUGAACUCAGCCGUUCUCUAUGGCAACAGCAGCUUUGAUGACCACCCUGGUUUGGUCUAUGAAUGGUCGAAAAUUAGUGGACCAGUGGCCGACAUGUCUGGUUCUUCAUCUCCUAUACUUCACCUGAACAGUCUUGAGGAGGGUACCUACAUCUUCAGGCUGACGGUGACCGACUCCAAGCACAGAAAGGAUUCUGACGAGGCAACGGUGAUUGUUAAACCAGAAAACAAUUUGCCACCCAGAGCAGAUGCAGGUCCCGAUAAGGAACUGUCACUUCCAGACGAUUCCACGACCCUGGAUGGCAUAGGCAGCACAGAUGACCUUGGUAUCACCUCCUACUUCUGGGAAAAAGUCAGUGGGCCUAAUGACCCCAAGAUUGAAGAUGCAGAUCACGCAAUGGCCAAGGUGUCAGGUUUGAUAGCCGGGCGCUAUGUCUUUAAACUGACUGUAGGGGACAGACAGGGAGCCACCAACAGUGAUACAGUAGAUGUGGUCGUCAAGAAAGAAGUGAACAAGCCCCCCGUUGCCCGUGCUGGACCAAAUAUUACCAUCCAUCUGCCAAACAGUGGGGUGGAGUUGAACGGAUCACGGUCAAAGGACGAUAAAGGCAUCGUGUCGUAUGAGUGGAAACGAGAUGCUAAGAGUCCUGCUGCUGGGACACGUUACUCGCACAGGUUGAACUUAGUGGUGUUAACUUUUGACGUUGAAGUGUCAAAAUUCACAUACCAAAACAGGAUUGACAUGGCACGGUCCUUAGCUGUUCUGUUGUCCGUUCGGGAUGAAGAUGUUGUCAUUCAGCAAGUGUACCAAACGCCAAAUGAGCAGCUUCAAGUUAUGUUCUAUGCAAACAACGCCACAACCAGCACUGCCAUGCCCGGCCCGAGGGUGGUCAAAAUACUGUCCAAGAAGAAACUCUCCGGUGAGAUGGACUUGCUCAAGUUCAAGGUUCUAGAGCUGGACACAAUGAUUUGUCAGAAGAAUUGUUCGGGUCAUGGCAAAUGUGAUCCCUUCACCAAGAUGUGCAUCUGUGAGAGCUUCUGGAUGGAGAACUAUGUCCGACGGUGGAUGGGAGACAGGGAGAGCAAUUGUGAUUGGAGUAUAUUGUAUGUCAUCAUUGCAGCCUGUGGAGAAGCCAUAGCAUUAGUCGGGCUUUGUUGGCUGUGCAUAUACUGUAUAAAGAGGAGCCGUAGGAAGGUGAAGAGAAGGCGAAGAUACAACCUCCUGUCCCAAGAUUUGGACGGGAUGGAAUCCAUGGAAAUGUUACCAAAGAAUGCAAAUGAGCCACAGUCCGAGAUGACAAACAAUGGCAACGGGAGUGUGCUUGAUAAACUGACUGACAAGGGCUCCUUCCAAGGGAAACAAAGCAGUAGCAUCAUGAUCUCUGAGUCGGACGAUGACACGGACGAAGAGACGACACUCUUUGACUCUAAGAAACGACAGGGGAAGAAUGGUAAAGCCAAUGGUUCAGUGAUGGCUGUACAACCGCGUAAGAAGAGACCAUUCCCACUGAUCAGCUCCCGAUCAGAAAAACUCUAAAAGUGAAAAAAAUAAGGAGAAGAAUACAUCUUGAAAAAUCCAAGGAUACUUCUUUUCAGCUGAAUCUAAAAAGCAGUACUAGCAUAGCUUCUGAAACUUUUCUGAGGACGGUUUUUGGCAGUUACUUGUAGCUGACAGUUGGUGAUGCACGGUGAACAGAUUGGCAUUUGGAUUUUAUGUUUCCGUCGGUGAGGACUUCAUUUACACGGCAUUGUUUUGAGAGGAGAACUGUGGAAUCACCAGCUGUGAAACCAACAGGUUGUAAUGGGCUGUGUUGAGUGUUAGUGUAACUUGGUCGACAACAAGAAAUUCUGUAUUAAUGACACGAAAACAUGAACCACAACUAAGAAGGCCCCACAAGAUUUGUUUUUUUUCAAGUGAUGCACCGUAGUAAUGAGGAGAGAUGGUGGUUGGGUUGAUAUUCUCAGUAGCUAGGUAUUCUCACCAAACAACUUAAAUGUGGGGCUGCUGUUUGACCAUAUGUCUGAGCCAAGCGAGGGCGCCGCCUCAGUUCACUAAAUAUGUGUACGCAUACGUCAGUGUCAAAUCUUGUGCCUAUUAAGAUGGUGCAUACACGUAGUUUGCACAUUGCUGCAGCCCCUAUAUGUGUCACAGGAAUGUGAUGCAGGAUAUCACCAGUAGUUCCCUGUGGAAGUCAGCAGAGCUAUCCAUACAUUCAUGGCAUCUAUCAGAUCACUUCUCCCACAGUGUCGUCCUACCAGAUUAUGUCCAGAAAGAUUAUCAGGCUUUAUCAACGGUCCUGCUUAAGAUCUGCUGACAAGUGUGCAUUGGGAACUUGGCUAAACACCAGUGACAUUGAAAAGGACCGACAUUAGCAAUUAUGUUCCUUCUGUUAACUGAAAUGUAGGAAAGCUUCAUGUUACACAUGCAGUGCUAUACACAAACAGUGAUCACUCAAGCACCGUAGAACUGUAAAUUUACUUCACAUCUGUAUAAAUGAUACGGCGUAUAAUCUUCAAGAUUACAUUGUCUUUCAAGCAAUGGUGUCUUGUAUAAUGAAUAAUGUCAUUGUUCAACGUGAUAGAAAAGUGUAUUUAUUAUUUUCUAAUUCUGACUCGCCGGGCCUGAUGAAAAGGGAAACUUUUAGCAAAGUAUUUCUGUUCAGCUAAAAACUUGACUGAAAGUUCUCCUUUUUCAUUAGCUCUUUAAACCGUCAUAAGUAACACAGCUUCCAUUCAGAAAUCAAGUGCUGUGAGUAUUUUUUUUUAAUUAGAAAUUGUGUUUCAUAAGGAAUGGUAGGAGGCCUAAGUAAAAGGGAGGAUAUUGCAAAUUGCAGUUUAUGCAUUAUGGAAAUUUGAGUCGAAAACAAGAUUAUUUACCUAUACAAUGACAGUUUUCUUUUUUAUAUGUAGGCAUUUUUGUAAAUAAAGGUUUUAACAUGUGCAUCAAAAAUGUGAAAAAAAUAUCAAGAUUUAUGGACAGCACUUAUUUAUUUUUCAUAGUGUGUUGCGAGGAGCGGAAAAUAUGUAUAUAAUUAAAGUCCAAAGAAAAGAUAAAGAUUGUGUAUACAGGUUGAUGUUUGACAGAAAAGAGCAGCAUAGUUGUAUGCUUGCUUGAGUGUUUAUAUUUGAAACUUAAUUAAAAUUGAAACCUAUGUGUUUGAAUUCCACUCCGGGAGGCUAUCUAGAUGUAGGAAUGUACAUAUAGUUGCCGGGUCAUUCCAUGAGGUUGGGGCACAAUUUGUGACGGUGUCCUUGUUACAUGGGUAGCUUUUACCACCUGUCAUA